CAUCGGCAAUCUUGACCCCAUCAGCUGAUACAGCCAACAACACUGAUCAUCCGUUCAUCUCGUUUGGGGAUAGUAUGACCGGAGGGCAUGGAAGAUUUUCUCGCGGGUCUUCGAUGUCCGGUGGAAUGGAAUUCGAGAUGGGAAGUGUUCCGGAUAUUAAUCCGUAUCAAGAUGAAGAAAGGCCUAAAGACGAUCUCCCCAAAGAAGUGGCCAUUGUUGAACCAAUCCUCCGAGUGCUCCAGCUACUCUGUGAAAAUCACAAUAGCUUACUGCAGAACUUCAUCCGAAAGCAGUCUGAUCGCGCUAAUCACAACCUGGUGGCCGAAACAUUGAUGUUCUUGGAUACGGUCUGCGGCUCGACAAAGGGUUCUCUUGGUGUUUUUGGCGAAAUCGGAGUUCAUAACUUCUCACUCAUCACCCAGACCCUAAACACGUUGACCGAGUUUUGUCAGGGGCCUUGUCAUGAGAAUCAGAACACGAUGGCGAUGCAAGAAAACGGACUGAACAUCAUUAUCUCGCUGGUGCUGAACGACAUCAAACCGUUGGCUGACGAAAGGAUGGAUUUGGCUUUGGAGAUCAAGAGCAACGCUUCCAAGCUCCUCCUUGCCAUCAUGGAAUCCCGACACGAUUCCGAAAAUGCCGAGCGGGUGCUGCACAACAUGACGAAUAUGGCGGGAGGGCCGAAGCAGCUGGUUCACGCCAUCGCGCAGGCCUUCAAGAUGGCAAAUUCGACCGACUUGGCUGUCGCUCAGGUCCGAAGAGACAUCUUGAGUCAGGCCCCGCAGAUGAACGGACCGAGAAGCCUACUGGCCCCACCGGUCAAGAAUGGGCAAGUAAAUCUCCCCGGAAUCUCGGUCGACGGCUCUGGGACCAUCUCCAUCCUGGACGAGGAGAAGAAGCCGGAGGAAGAUUUUGACGGGAAAUGUCCAGAAACGACGAUCGUCAACCCCAAGGAGGUCGGCCAUAACAUCUACAUCCUGGCCCAUCAACUGGCUCGGCAUUCUCAGGACCUGGAGCAUUGGCUGGAUCCGGAAGGGGAGCAUAAGAGUGCCGACACCGAAGAAGCUCUGCGUUUUUACAAGAAUCACACAGCGCAAAUCGAGAUAGUGCGGAGGGAUCGUACUUUGGAGCGUGUCGUAUUCCCCAUACACCCGACCUGCUCGUUCUUGACGAAAGAGACAAAGCAGUCCGUUUAUGAGAACACGGAACGGGAUGCGCAGGGCUCCAAAGUCACCGAGUUCUUUGGCCACUGGGAAGACCUGUACGAGGAGAUGCGGUGGCAGGAGAAGCUCCAAAAACGAAUGUUCCUCUCCUGGUGCACCCAGAGGUUACGCCUCUGGGGUAGACUCUGCCUAUUCUUCGCCAUCCUCGUCAACUGUACAGUCGCGUUGCACUUCCCGUUCACACAGAACGAUGAGCCCUACACCCAACCUGACACUGCCGUUCACGCGGCUGCCAUUGGAAGUUGUAUAUUUUUGUACUUCCGGUGGGAUGACAGAUCCGCAAUGGGAACCUCGUGGAGUUUUAUGGUUUGCAUUGCAAUAGCAAUGUUUUCCGUGUCGACGCUGUUGAUGAACGUACUCGGGAUCGUGCCGGCAUUGGUGUUGAUAGGCAUAGCACAGGUGUUUAACAAAGUAAUCCACGUCACGGCUUUUGUAUCGAACCGAGGACUGGUCGAUAAACACUGGAAAGAGCGGCUGGCUGAUCAGGAACUGUACUACCAUCUCGUCUACCUAUUUCUCUGUGUGGCAGGGCUGUUAUUACAUCCAUUCUACUAUGCAUUCCUGCUCUUCGACAUCGUUGCCUCAGAGGAUACCCUACAAAACGUCAUCAAAUCCGUGACAAAGAAUUGGAAAUCGAUCAUAUUGACAGGACUCUUGGCAUUGAUUCUCGUCUACCUGUUCGCCAUCUUCGGAUUCCUGUUCUUCCAGAAAGAUUUCCGACUCGAGGUUGAGCAGCUACAACAUCCAGCUAUUGGCGGACCAUCGGUGAUACCUCCAUUUUUGAGGAAAGUCGAGGAAACUUGUCCAAAAGAUGGAUGCGCUGCCGAGGAGGGGAAGGAGGACGAUGAUGAGGAAGAAAAGGUGUACACCUGCGACUCGUUGCGGAUGUGCAUAAUCACGACGUUGAACUGGGGCCUGCGGAAUGGGGGUGGAAUCGGAGAUGUGCUGAGGAAUAUACACCCAAGUGAAUCUCUCUUCUACUGGCGAAUCCUCUACGACAUGUCCUUCUUCGUCGUCUGCAUCGUCAUUGUUUUGAACCUGAUUUUUGGUGUGAUCAUCGACACGUUCGGCGAUUUGCGUACCGAGAAGAACGAGAAAGAGGACAUUUUGAAGAACAGCUGCUUCAUCUGCGGCUUGGAAAGGGGGAAGUUCGACAACCGUUCCGUUUCCUUUGAGGACCACCGCGAGAAGGAGCACAACCUCUGGCAUUAUCUGUACUUUAUAGUCUGGUUGAAAAUCAAGGACGAGACAGAAUUCACGGGCCCAGAAUCGUAUGUGCACGAGUGUAUCAUCAAUCGGGAUUUGGAUUGGUUCCCCAGGAUGCAGGCAAUAUCGCUGAAGGAGGAAGAUCAAGACGCCGACCAGCCCGACCAGAUGGCGUUGCGUGAAGAGUUGCGAUCGCUGAACCAGAAAUUGCGGGAGAUGGCCGGGCAGUUUGAGGAGUUUAGACAAGUUGUCGAUAUUAUGGCCAGCACCCGCGGGGCUACUCCGAUG